GUCUCGGGGUCUCCCCCCCCGCCUCCCCUAGUUCUUUUUCAGUUAUUUGUCCGCUCUAGCCGUUCCCCUUCCCUCCUCUCCCCGGGGCUUGGUGUGAGCCCACACCUGGUCGGGAGCUCAAGUCCCACCCGGGAGCCGUCUCCCCCUUCCCCCCGGGCUGGGAAUGGGCAACGUGCAGUCUGAGCCGCCCCCCGGCUCAGAGCCCGGCAAGGCCCGUGCCUCGCGGAAGGAGCCGGCCUCGGACCGCUCUGCCAACGCCAGCCGCCGUGGUCCCCUGUCAGAAGCAGAGUCGUCGCCAGCGCCCCCGGCCCCAGGGCCCCCUACUCUGCGCUUGGCGCGCGGCCCGGGAGUCUGGUUCCCCGGGGGCCCCACCCCACCAGGGCUCUUGGUGCCCCCUGAGGGUGCCGCCGGGGCCCUACCUUCACCACCUCAGCCUGCCCAACUGGCUCCCGCCCCGCACGACCUGCAGCCGCCUGGCGGACCCCCGCCCGAGGAGGCACCUCCGACGGCGGCGGGAACUGCAGGACCGCUGCUCCCUACGCCCUCUAAGUGGCGAAAGCCGCCGGGGACGCCUGUACCCCGGAUCCGGGGCCUGCUGGAGGCGCGUCACCGAGGCCAAGGCGAUCCACCGGGCCUUCGCCUGUUGCCCCCACCUCCGCCCCCGCCCUUACCCACUCCACGACCCCCCGCGGACGGGCCAGAGCCUUCAGUGGGCCCAGCCCUGCCGCCCCCACCUCCACCCCCUCCCCCAGAACCCCAGAAACCACCCGCCGAAAGGGAGGCGCCCCCAGGCCGGAGAAGCGUCCCUCCCGGGGGCUCCCCCCGAGGCGGCGCUGGCGAAGGCAGGGCGCGCCAGACGGGCAGCCCUGGGAGGGAGGGUCUGGCGGUCGGAGGCGGUGAGGGAGAGCCCCCGCCGGCGGCUGAGCCGGGCCUCAGUCUGCUGUGCAAAGUGACCUUCCAGUCCGGCUCCCUUCUGGCGGGUGGGGCUGCCGCGCCUCCCAAGCCCCCCGUAAGAGGGAGCAGCCUGCUCUUCUCCUCGGGAGCCAUCUCCUAUGCUGAGGCCCUAAAGCAAGGUUCCCCGGGGCCUGGAUCCCCUAGGGCCUCAGGAGAGGCUAUCCGGGGUACCUUGGAGACAGAAGGUGGGGAGGGAGACGGAGAGGGGCCAGCAGGGGGCGCCCCGGUUGUUCCCCCGGCCCCACCUCCUCUACCAGCACCCCGGGCACCGCCCCCACCUUACGCCCCCUUCCCAGGAGCUAAGCCCAAGUUCGAUUGGGUGACCCCGCCUGAGGGCCCUGAACGCCACUUUCAGUUCAACGGGGCUAGCGGUGGUAGCGGCAGCGGCGGCAGCGGCGUGGGGGGUGCUAGGCGGCGGGGCUCCGGGCUGUCCGGGGCGGCUGCCCCCUGGGGGGCGCCACCUCCGCCACCACCACCCUUACCUGCGCCGGGGCCUCGCAGGCCGGGCCCGGCUCUCCUGGCACCCCCUGUCUUUAUCUUUCCGUCUCCCGCCCCGGCCGAGGGGGAGACCCGGACCCCGGCGGUUCAGGUUUCCCCAGGGCCGCAAGAAGCCCCCCAGCUGUCGCCACCGCCGCCGCCACCCCCGCUCCCACCGCCUCCGCCUCCGCCGCCGGCUCCCCCGGCGUUGGCUUUGCCCGAAGCACCUCCCGCCCCGGUACCCGCGCCGACCCCGGCCGUGCCUUCGCCCCGGGCUGCGGGACCUCCGUCCCCUGCCCCUGCCAAGCCGCGGACCAAGAAGAACAAGGGUCCGCGGGCCGGGCGGGGAGGCUCUGCGCGGGAGGAGGGCGCGAGUGGGGAGGGUCCCCGCGACCGGGCGGGGCCCGGCCAGGGUCAGCCCGCUGAGAGUGGCGGCCCGCCCCCAGCUCGCCACUGGCCGCCCUUCCAGGUGCUCAGCUCCUGCCCCUGCAAGUGCUACUGUCGCCACCAGCCCCGGCACCGCCGGCUGCCCCGCAACGUCUCAGCCUGGCUGAGCACUCCCACCAACCAUCUGAGCGAACCCCCCUGGGUGGCUACAGUCAAGCUGGCUGGCUCCUUAGUGGCAGGGCUGGAUCACUAUGACCUGCAAGCAGCAGAGGCAGACUAAGGAUGGGGGCACGGAGGGGGGACAAGAGGGCCACUGGACCACCUCCUAUCCCUCCAAUAAAAGACCAAGUCUCCCCUG